UUUCUCUUGGUGCCUGUUGAGUUUAGAAGAAGAGCUGUCGACAAUACGGUAGGCUCUCAUAACCAACCAAGCUUCCUCAAACAAAGCAAUGAAACCUACCGUGUACCUCGUGUUGUUUUUCUUUGUACAAGCUGUUUUGGGUAAUAAUACGUGCUUGGCUGACGGUGACGACGACAAGAUGAAACUUCGUGAUCUUUGGGCCACAGGAUCCAAAGAGACCAUUUCAUUUUUGGGAGGCAUCUACGAACAUUCCGAAUGGGUUGCCGAAACCUUGGUGAAACAACAGUCGGGCGAUGCGGACGAAAUCACGACCGUGUCAGGACUAGCAGCCGCCAUGAAGGCCAUUGUGGACAAUGCCACCGAAAAACAAAAAUUGGACUUGCUCAAGGCUCAUCCCGAUCUGGCCCAAAAGGUGGAAAAACUCUCCGAGCUGACAGCGGAUAGUCAAGAAGAGCAGUCCAAAGCAGGCCUACAAUCCAUGACGGCCGAAGAGCUAGCAAAAUUCACAGAAUUGAACACGCAGUACAAGAAGAAAUUCCAAAUCCCAUUCAUUCUGGCAGUCCGACAUUCCACGAAAUUCACCGUCCUGAGUGCUUUGGAGGGUCGUCUUUCCAAUCCAAAAGAGGCAGAGAUCGUGACGGCUCUGCAGCAAGUGCACAAAAUUGCCUGGAUGCGAAUAUUGGCCAAGCUAGAGUCCGAUGAACCCUCAGGGUUCCUUACGUGUCACGUCUUGGAUACUGCGAACGGUUGUCCAGCCGCCAAAAUGAGAAUUUCCUUGACGCGACUCUCACCUCCCGAGACUGCUGGGUUGGUUGCAAACUUUAUGACAAACGAUGAUGGUCGUUUGGAAGGUGGCCCAGCACUCAAAGGAUCCAACUUUACCGUUGGCACCUAUGAAUGGGUAUUUUACACUGGAGAUUACUUUGCAUCCAAAGGAACCCAGGUGGCCGGAACACCUUUUCUGGAUGAAGUUCCUUUGAGGUUUGGGAUUGACAACCCAGAUGAUCACUACCAUGUUCCGCUUCUGGUCAGUCCUUGGAGCUAUUCAACCUAUCGUGGUAGCUAGGCAUCUCUUCUGCCGUUGAAGAGAUAGUCGCGUACCAAGAAACCUAAUCUUGUCUCAACUAACGACUUAGAAAGUGCUCAACGAUGGAUGUACGUGCCUAUUGAUAGAGGAAGAAAGUAACCGAGUCGAGUCCUGAACCUAGGGAGAGACGUACCGGUAUCUAUCCAGUAUAUAUGAAAAACAAAAAAGUACUAGCUAGUAGGUCAUAGUUAUUAUCCAAUGACCUGCCACGGCUACCGCUAGCUACUACUACGGCUGUUGCGCAUC